UGCCUGUGGAGUGAUUAAAAAAGCACCCAAGACCAUGAAUCUCAUCAAUAUGGAUUCGGAGAACCGGGUGGUCCUCAAUGUGGGUGGCAUCCGGCAUGAGACGUACAAGGCGACACUCAAGAAGAUCCCAGCCACGCGGCUGUCGCGUCUCACGGAAGCUCUGGCCAAUUACGAUCCCAUCCUCAAUGAGUACUUCUUCGACCGGCAUCCCGGCGUCUUCGCCCAAGUCCUCAACUACUACAGAACGGGGAAACUGCAUUAUCCAACAGAUGUGUGUGGCCCACUGUUCGAGGAGGAGCUGGAAUUUUGGGGCUUAGACUCCAAUCAAGUGGAGCCGUGCUGUUGGAUGACUUACACUCAGCAUCGUGAUACACAAGAGACACUCGCUGUGCUCGAUCGCCUGGAUUUGGACACAGAGAAGCCGUCAGAGGAGGAAUUGGCUAGGAAAUUUGGUUUUGAAGAGGAUUACUACAAAGGUACGGUUUCCUGGUGGCAGAACAUCAAACCACAAAUUUGGUCUCUAUUCGAUGAACCGUACAGUUCGAAUUCAGCUAAAAUAAUUGGUGUCGUUUCCGUGUUCUUCAUUUGCGUUUCCAUUUUGUCGUUCUGUUUGAAAACACACCCCGACAUGCGGGUGCCCAUCAUCAGGAAUAUCACCGUACGCACGGCUAAUGGAAGUUCAUCGUGGGUGUUGGACAAGGCACAAACCAACGCCCAUCUCGCAUUCUUCUACAUUGAGUGUGUCUGUAAUGCGUGGUUCACCCUGGAAAUUCUCGUGAGAUUUAUAUCAUCGCCCAACAAGUGCAACUUCAUAAAAUCAUCCGUUAACAUCAUCGACUACAUCGCCACAUUGAGUUUCUACAUCGAUCUGGUGCUCCAGAAAUUUGCGUCCCACCUCGAGAAUGCCGACAUCCUGGAAUUCUUCUCAAUCAUUCGCAUCAUGCGACUGUUCAAGCUGACGCGCCACAGUUCCGGCCUCAAGAUACUCAUUCAGACGUUCAGGGCGUCCGCCAAGGAGCUCACGCUCCUGGUCUUCUUCCUAGUGUUAGGCAUCGUCAUAUUUGCCAGUUUAGUGUACUACGCCGAGCGGAUACAGGCCAAUCCGCACAAUGACUUCAACAGCAUCCCGCUGGGUCUCUGGUGGGCCCUUGUCACCAUGACGACGGUAGGUUAUGGCGACAUGGCGCCCAAGACGUACGUGGGCAUGUUCGUGGGGGCCCUGUGCGCCCUGGCCGGCGUGCUGACCAUCGCCCUGCCCGUGCCCGUCAUCGUCAGCAACUUCGCCAUGUACUAUUCGCACACGCAAGCCAGGGCGAAGUUGCCCAAGAAGCGGAGGCGAGUUCUGCCAGUGGAACAGCCACGGCCACCCCGGUUACCAGGACAACCGGGAGCGAGCGGGACCCCCAUUGGGAAUGCACCCUCUGGGCCGGGUUCCGGUGGCACGGGUCCUCGUCGAAUGAAUGCCAAUAAGACUGGGGCGAAGGACCUCGUUGGACCAAAGACAGGACCGAUUGGAGCGUCAAUUGUGGCCAUCAGUCCGCGCCACGUGCUCGAUCUCAAUCCCGCCCUGGCGAUGUCGAAGCCACUAUUUGAGUCCAAGGGGCCACCGAUCAUGGCGAAGGAGCCAACCACCAACAAUACCACGACCAGCGAAAAAACUUUCCUAUAAUUUAUCGCCACUGAGAGUGAAAUUGUUUAUUGAUUUUCUCGACUGAACGAUAUCAAAUAUCCAUCUUUUGCACACACAUUUUCAUUCACAUAUUGACACAAUUCAUGCUACAGUAUUUUGUCACAAGGAGAGAAUGGCGGAGAAGCAUGCGAGAGAGAUGUAUAAAGUUACAUGUACAUAGGGAGCUAGACUUAAUUGAAUUUAGAGUGACAUUGAGACUCUUUCUAAAUUUUACACACGUCACCCCACGAUAAGAAUGGCGACAUGGCAUUAUCCACUGGAUUAAUGGUGCGAAAUCGGCCAUAAAUAUUCAAUCAAAUCAAAUUUGAGGCUAUAUAUCUCGAAGACACAGCUGCUUGUCAUAUCACUUCAUACCGGAGGACAGAAAAUCCCGACAAGAAGGUAAGCAUUCAGCAAGAUAACUCUCGCAAUUCAUGACAAAUGAAGCCGAAAGUCAUUGAGAUGGAAAUGCUGGGGAAUAAACAUAAAUUUAAUAUUUUACCAUUAAAGCCAAGAUGUCUUUGCAGAUGAGAAAGAUUUGCCGGAAGCUUUGCAAGAUUUCUAAUUCAAAAUUCAUAUACCAAAUUCACUGUUCAAACAGAAUUUACACCGCUAACGAGAAAGAGAGGAACUCUGCGAGAGAGCAAAUCAAAUACAAUUGUAUGAUGAAUGAAUUGCGAGCCACAGAGAGCUUUUGCUCAAAUAUGACAGCGCAUAGGGAGGGUUGUUGCAUAAUGAAUUACGUUUAUUCUGGAUGUAAGUAAAUUAAAUUGGGAGAUGCAUUUUUCAUGCAAUAAAACUACAAGGAAAUUCGGUAUUGAAAAGGAAGGAAGUUCAGAUUAUAUACAGAUAAUUUCCAUAACGCAUAGUGCUUGAUGUAUUUUUUUCUCUGAUUACAUUGAUCUUGGAGAACCUCAAGAAGUCAUUUGAAGUGCAUUUGCGAGCUCUUUCAUGUUGAACAAGGCAAUGAAAGCAUUAAAAAGCUCACAUUAUUCAGACCCUCCGAACUUUCUAUAGCUCUCGCAAUGACUUUCAAGGAGGUAAAUUGGACCAAAUCGCAUGGAGAGUAGAUGGAUUUUUCACCUCCCAAUUGGCACUACUCCAAAGGAGGAAAUUUUAUUCAUUUCCCCGUCGCAGGCUUCCGCCUUUCACAGGCAAAGUGUUGGAAAGGCAAAUCGAGGAAAUGUACAAGUCCAUUUCUGCAUUGGCUAUCAUGAAUUAUAGGAUUAUUCCGCAUCACUUUGCUAAAUUAAUUACACCAUCCAGAGUUAGAAAGUCUCCAGAAUGACGGAGGUCAGGCCAUGACAUACAAGAAGAAUCACAUUUAUACUUACGGAGAGGCACAUUUCUCAUGAACACAUUGACAAAUCUAAUUCAUCGAACAAUUGUAGCUAGAUAGAGGCACUUUUACUAGAUUUCAUCGUACUUUCUGUUAAAAUUCAUGUCCAUAAAUGUAUAGAACUUUGCAACACUAUAGAUAUGUAUAUCAAUAAACAAACUAGAUAAUUGUAGCAAAAUGAUGGUUUCAUAACCAAGAUUUUAUAUCAUAAUUCAUGAGAAUUGCAGCAAAACAGCAGGGGAGAUAAACAGAAAAUAUGCACAUUGAAUUUCCAAACCAUAAAUUUCCAUAUCAAAAAGUGCUCAAAUUUCCACUUACCUAUCAUUGAAUGUCAUCGACAAAACACAAAUUCCAUAUUUAAUCGGUGCAUCUAAUCAGGAAAUUGGUUUUAUGCAAUGCUCUUAGAACUUGAAAAUUGUUUAAUUCUGCGUGACAUCAAAUUUAUUAUAAAUAUCCCCUAACUUUGUGUGCAACAUCCGGACCAAAACAGCAUUACUAAGCAUGAACAGUGUUUUAGAAAAAAAAACCUUAGCAACUUCUCAUAAAAAGUCUCUUUCUGCAACAUGAUAGGAAAGAUGAACAAUACAAUAAGAAUUUUUUAUUACACUCAAAGUGGCAACACAAUUUUCCAUUUUACAUGUGUGUGUUUUAGCUAUUUGAUAACAAAGCAGAAUCUACUAAAAAAUAAAUAUACAUAUAUAUAUAUAUUUGUAAAGAUAAAAGUAUAAAUAAGCUAUAGUUAAAUAAAUACAAUGUAAGAUUACGGAUAACAGAUAGUUUUCUAAGUUUUGUUCACGUUUAUAAACUUUAUCAUUGAAGUGAUUGAAAAAUCGUAAAAAGAAAACCAAACAAGCAUUUAAUGUGAUAAACCGUAGAUAAAAUGCCGAGAAAUGGUGUGGAAGUGAAGAAAAGCAAGACAGCAAGUUGGAAUGUGACCAAAAUUACUGCACAGGAAGGAAGGGUCAUGUGUAAAGUUAAAAAAAAAUGUUGGGAAAGCAACACAAAUCGGCCAUCAGAGAUAUUCAUUUACAUAUUAAAUUGACAAAUUACAAUUUAUCUUAAAUAAAAACUAUCAUAAACAUUAAAUAUAAUAAUUAGGAAAUGAAAUUGAAUAAAAUAUUUAAUGUAAUAAACUUCUUUCACAGAAAUCAACACGACACAUUUGAUGAAAAUCACUCUAAGUAAAGUCAUUCUCACACGUGCAACACACAUUGUAUCAUUUUCACACAUUUCUAUAGUGAGACAUGGAGGUAUAAAUUAAAUAAUAAUCAUAAAGCUAUUGAAUCAAAUAACAACUGACAAGGAGGCAAACUACAAAACUUAUACAAUUUUAGGUGAAGAAAGACACUCAUGAAAUCAUUUUCUUACAUUAAGAUUUUAAAACUUUUCAAAGAAUGCUAUGACGAAAACCUAUAUGUAUAUCAUUGGAACUUUAACAAACAAGGAGGAGUUGCAGAUGCGCGGUGAAGGCGGUGAAUAAGGAAAUUUAGAGAAUUUACAACAAAAAAAUGAGUGACAAUUUCACAUAAGGAUAUAAAUGAACUGUAUAUCACAGAAGAAUGAAUACACGGAGAAAGAAAAGAAUAUCAACCAUUGUUUCAACUCGAGAGUUACGAUGAUGACAGAUAUUUAGAGAAGAGUGACAAGAAAUUAAAGUUAUACAAUAAAA